GAAGGCGUGGGUGAUUUGAUUAACUGUGUUUUACCCAAAAAGCCUCAGCAUUCCUCUGACAUUCACGAGGAGCACCUGAAGGCAGCACAGAGGUAUUUUCAGGAACCUGAACAGUCAUCCAGUCUGAUCUGGGAGCCAUGGCGAGCAGAGGACUGUCGGACGAGGCUGUGAGCGCCGCCUGUAAAGAAGGAGAUCCCAUCACAAUGGACUACAUGAUGCAGCAGACUAUGCUGAGGGUCAAAGAUCCAGAAAGAUCUCUAAAAUUCUACACUGGAAUCCUGGGCAUGACCUUGCUCCAGAAAAUCGACUUCCCUUCGAUGCGUUUCACCCUCUACUUCCUGGGCUACGAGGAAAAGUCGGACAUCCCGGCCGAUAUCAAAGAGAGGACGGCGUGGACCUUCUCCCGGCGAGCCACCAUAGAGCUCACCCAUAACUGGGGUUCAGAGUCAGAUGAAAGUCUGUUGUACCACAAUGGCAACAAUGAACCACGAGGAUUCGGUCAUAUUGGCAUCGCUGUUCCUGAUGUUUACGCAGCCUGCGACGUGUUUAAGAAGCAAGGAGUGACGUUUGUCAAGGAACCACACUCAGGUAAAAUGAAGGAUCUGGCCUUCAUUCAGGAUCCGGACGGCUACUGGAUCGAGAUCUUAAGUCCCAACAAAAUGGUCUCCUUACUGGCACCUUGAAGCGGCGACACUCAGGGGAAUACUCAGGGCAUCACGGCCGGAUAAGAGUGAUGACAUCAUUCAUUUUUGUUUUCUGCUAUGCUGCUCUGCUUUUUGUAGCCUUUUCCAGAAAUAAAAAAAAGAGAGAAAACUGAAAAAAAAAAACAACAACAACACAAACUGAAAACAGGAAGUGUUCAGUGUUUAUUUUGUUGAGAUCCUGUUGAAAAGUGGGACGGUUUCAUUAAAAGUUGAAAUGUUUAAAUAUUA